ACCCACCCACCCGGAGUGAAAAUGAAUAUCCUCUUGAUCGCUGCUUGUCUCUUCUCUGUAGCCUGUGCUGGCCAUUACGGAGGCCAAGGAGGGCAAUCGACCGCCUACAGACAUCAGGACGACCACGGAAACUACGAUUUCAAGUACGAUAUCAAGGACGGCUACGGAAACGUCAACGGACGUCAAGAGAAGGGAGGAUACCACGGUGUUGUCGGAUCCUACUACCUCGGUGAAAUCGACGGCAGACACCGUAGCGUCCAGUACCAAGCCGAUAAGCUUGGCUUCCGAGCUUCCGUCAAGACCAACGAGCCUGGAACCAAGAGCAGCGAGCCCGCGUUCGCUCCUUACCACUCCGACUUCGGAAACUCCAUUCCCUCGGGAGCCAUUCAUGCCGCACACUCAGGAUACCAUGGAUAUUAAAAGGUUAUCUCUUAGUCUUCUCUGUAAAUAAAGUGUCU